UUAAUUGUUGCGUAUGUGACAAAUAGCGUCUUGUUUUGUGUGUGUCUAGUCUAGAUUUAUAUUAAUCGAUGUUGUUAAAGGAUUGAGAAUGAUGAAAACUGUGAUAUUGUUAUUAGUUUUAGUGACAAUUAGUAAAGGAAAGGUGGUUUUAUCUAAUAAUGACGAUCUAUCUAACGAUCUAGAAAAUAAUACGCAUUCAAAUCAACUUUUAGAAAAGACAGAUAAUGUUCCUGAAGAGUCAACUGAAAAAUCUUUAGUAUAUAUAUCAAAUGAUAUAAUUCAUGAAAAUCCAACCUCAUCUGGAAAUAGUGGUGACAAGAAUCUAACAAUUAGUUCUGCAAACUAUACAGAAAAGAAUUUAGUAGAAAUAACAAACGAUAUAAUUCCGAAAGACACAGCUAAAAUUCAUAUAGAAUUACCAGUGUACAAUAUAACCUUAUCUGGAAAUAGCAGUGAUAAGAAUCUUACAAAUGAGAGUCUAUCAAAUAAAUGUGGUGUAAAUCUAGACGACGAUGAUGAAUUAUACAAUAAUAUAAUAAAUUUAGAUGAACCUGUACAUUGUGACACUAACGAAAGAGUUGAUAACGGUACAGCGUUAAUAUUAACACCAUUUAUAGAAAAGGGUCAAAUUGAAGAAGCUCGGAAUGCUUGCAAGGUUAACCCAGAAGUGUUUCUAGGUUAUGAAAGUUAUUCAGGUUUCCUUACAGUGAAUAAAACUUAUAACUCGAACACUUUCUUCUGGUAUUUUCCCGUACAAAAUAAAAAAGUUAACGAAACACCUUGGAUAAUUUGGCUGCAAGGAGGUCCUGGUGUAUCCAGUUUAACUGGAUUGUUCGACGAGAUAGGACCGUUUCGAUAUAAUACUUUAGGGACCUUAAAAGAGAAUCCGCAUACGUGGUUAAAAAACCACUCUCUAGUCUUCAUUGACAAUCCCGUUGGAUCCGGUUAUAGUUUCACCGAACAUCCAGAUGGAUUCGCAAAGGACAUGGCUACGUAUGGUACGCAUUUAUACGAAGCAGUAUCGCAGCUUCUCCAAAUAUUUCCCGAACUGAGAACAGCUCCGUUGUACGUCGCAGGGGAGUCUUACGCGGGAAAAUACGUGCCAGCGCUUGGCAUGGAGAUUCACAAACAUAGAGAUUUGCCAGGAUCAGAUAUCAACUUAAAGGGUCUUAUGAUUGGCAACGCUUUCGUGGAUCCCAGUGAGAUAGCCAAUGUGACACACCCGUAUCUAUAUUUCGGUCUUCUGAACAGGGAGCAAAUCGAAAUUGUGAAUCCGUUGCUGACCGCAUUCCAGCAAGACAUUGCCAAAAACAACAGUAUUGCUGCAAAAAGGAAAUGGACCAGUCUUAUAUCCAUCUUAAUGUUCCUGACGCAUCAAAAGCAAGCUUACAACUUCUUGAAGGACGAACCUACUUUUGGCCGCUACUCCGCCCACCUAUCAAGCACUGAAGUAAAGAAAGCUUUGCACGUCGGCGACAUCAAAUACUCUUUUAUCAAUGUAACAGUCAAUUCUGUUAUGGCUUCCGAUUUUCUGAGCAGCUCCAAACAACUGUUUGAAGAACUGCUUGACCAUUAUCGAGUUCUGGCUUAUUGUGGUCAGUUGGACCAGAUGCUGCCUUGCGUGUCUACUUCGGACCAUUACCGCACCUGGCAAUGGAACGGAACGUCGGAAUUCCUCGAAGCUGCCAGAUACCCGUAUAUCUUUAACAGCCGACUUGCUGGGUAUCACAAAACGGGGGGACGUCUCACGGAGGUAGUGAUCCGAGGCGCCGGACACAUGGUACCCAUGGACGCACCGGCGCCCACACAGAGUCUCAUAGCUCGCUGGACGCACAAUCAACCCCUGAGUCCACGCUUUGGCAUGCCAGGGGGAUCCUUCUUACAGGAGUACGUCCGGAACCACUCUGUAUCGUACUUGUAGUGAUUUAAAUGCGUUCCAUAUUUAAUACUGACUUUUAUUAUUACAACUCGACUGUCCUAUUCCCAUUUUUUAAAUUUAAAUAUAAAUUAAAUGUAAAUUAUUAAUAUUUACAGGCAAUAAGAUGUUUUUAAAGUACCAUAAAGGUGCUCUUCCACCACUGUUGCUAAAUUUGAUGCACACACAUCUCUAAAGUAAACUAACUGAUGUGUAAACAUUUCAAUUAAAUCCAUCGAUUUUAUUCCUAGUUUUAGAGAUAUAUGGACACAUAACCACGUAAAGAGUACGAAUAAAAGUUUUCGUAAAGAUGAGUUCUGUCCAUUUUCGGCGACAAGUGUUUUCUAUGCUUGAAUUUCUAAAGGACAUUUCUAGGGCCUUUUUAUUGUAAGCGGUUAUUCGAUUAUUGGACAUUUAACAGAACAAGGUUAUGUUAAAUGUCCAAUAAUUGAAUAAUUUGUAUAGUUAUUAAGUUAAGAUCUAUAAGAUGAUUAUUAUAUAAUCUUUAUUAAGUACA